UUCAAUAAUUCUCAGGAAAAUGGUUUAUUUUUGUAUCAAAUAAACUUUUGAAGUUUUGAACUAAUUUAGUGUAAUUAGCGUAACGUUACACUAAUUAUUAUCAAGUAGAGUCUUCCAAAAUUGCUUAAAAAUGAUGAUAUCACGUUCUAAACACCGCUCUUCGGUGGAAGUUUGUGCCGAUUGUGGAGCUUCAGAUCCAUCAUGGGCGUCCAUCAACCGUGGGCUGUUGUUAUGUGCCGAGUGCUGCAGCGUUCACCGUAGCAUGGGAAGACAUAUAUCUCACGUUAAAUCUUUGCGCCAAGGAUCCUGGCCACCUUCGCUUUUAGCGAUGGUGCAGGCCUUGACAGCUCAAAAUGUAAAUAGCAUAUGGGAACACUCUUUGCUCGACACUUCAGCACCAAAGCAUUUACGUAAAAAGCCCCAGGCUAAGGAUCCAUUACACCCAACAAAAUCAGAAUUUAUCUUGGCCAAACAUUUGAGGCUGGCGUAUGUACUGAGAGCCAGACGCGAUGAGCCUCCGAGUGAGCUGGGCCGCCAGCUGCACAGCGCCGUGAGGAGCUCCUCCCUUGACACUGCCAUGAGGCUGCUGGCUCAGGGUGCCGACCCUAACUAUUACAAUCAGGAGAAAGGGACCGCGUGCCUUCACGUAGCGUGCCGCGCGGGGCAGCCGGCGCAGGCCGAGCUGCUGGCGGCGUGGGGCGCCGAGCCCACCGCGCGCGACCACGAGGGCCUCACGCCCGCCGACUGCGCCAGGCAAGGCGGGCACACCGAGCUCGCCGACCGUAUGACGGAACUAGUGUACGAAGCGACCGACCGCAUGAUCUACUUCCUGACUGGCGAGAAGCCCGACCACGUCUCCGGCCGCCAUUACAUCGUGCCCCGCGCUCACGAUACGCAUGAGAUGACCGAUGUCGCGAAAGCAGCUAGGGGGAAAUUGCAGCUGCUCCCCAAUCACUUAUUCGAAGAGCUAGUAAUGGAUAUCUACGACGAAAUUGAUCGACGAGAGACUGAAGCAAUAUGGCAGACAAGCGCACCGGGCCUGGAGCGCUGCGGCGUGGUGUUCCUACCGGUCAACCCGGCCCUAUCGGCGCCGCGCAACCAGGGCCGCCAGAAACUUGCGCGCCUCUCCGCCGCAGAGAUGGCUGCGUUACUGCGCGACGUGUUGGUUGACGCCACGCGCCGCCAGCACAUCGCCACGCUGCAGCCACGAGCGCCGGCGGGCGGGCUAGAAGCGUUGCUGCGCGGCUCGCAGCUGUCGGACGACGAGCCGCUCUACGACUCCGUGGCCUCCGACGACGAGUUCGGUGUGCGCGCGCCGCUGCAUCUUGACCUAUCCAACAUCCCGCGCCCCGGCGAGACCGUAGCGCCCACGUACAACCCGUCACUGCCUCUUGAACAUUCGCUCAGCAGCGAGCUGCGCCGCGCCGCCUCGCCCGCCCUACACGGCCUGCCCGAGAGAAAGGUCGAGGAGCUCGAGUGCCUCCGCAAGGAACUAGACAGCCGGGACUCCACCAUCACCGAACUGAAAAACCAACUCAAGAACCUACAAACGAUAGUCGAGCAGCUGACGAAGGAAAACAGCGUCCUGAAAACCACUAGUAGCGUUGAUGACGAUCAGAGCAUGACGUCACAGGCGUCGAUAAACGAUAGUUCAACCAGCUACGCCCUAGAUGGCGCUAAACCCGCAGAAAGAGGCAAGAGCCUCGAGACCGAGCAACUUGCGCUGGUCGACGACGAAACCGACGCCCGAUUGUCUCUCAAGGGUGCCCAGCGACCGGUCAGUAUGUAUGAGGCUAGGGAGGGACCAAAGAAUAACUGGCAGGUUACUAAACAUCAGUUAACGACGCUGGCGGUGCUGGAGCCCUCGCUGCCCGCGUCCGACCUCGUGCACCGCCGCGCCGAGCCCGUCACCCGCGCUAUACAGCUCGGCGCUGUCUGCACACGCCAGUGCCGCACUUCUAUUUAA